GUCCUGCUUCCCAUUGAGUGCGAGCGGACCGAGGACAGUUAGUUCUAAUCCCCUGUCGUUGCCUCCUGAGCUAUCUGGAAUGGCUGCCUCUUUCACUCGGCUGGUGGGCAAUGCGCCCAAAAGGCUCUGCCUCCGCCCCUCCACUCUGUCGAGAAACACGACACUCCCCCGAACUCGCUCGAUAGCUACCUCGCUUUCUCGUCGCGCGGCCGAGCCGACUAGCUACCAGGCCACCCGGCUGGUGCCCACCGACCCGACGUUUGCGCACCUGGCCAACAAGGGAGCUCCCGAGGUCCCCGAAGAGGCUGCUGCCCUCGAGUCUGAGGUCGAGGGCGUCAACCGCAAGAUCCGCCACUACACUGUCAACUUUGGACCCCAGCAUCCUGCCGCCCACGGUGUGCUUCGGUUAAUUCUGGAGCUCAAUGGCGAAGAGAUCAUCCGUGCCGACCCGCACGUUGGUCUGCUGCACCGUGGAACGGAGAAGUUGAUCGAGUACAAGACCUACAUGCAGGCGUUGCCUUACUUUGAUCGAUUGGACUAUGUCUCCAUGAUGACCAAUGAGCAAUGUUAUUCGCUGGCGGUCGAGAAGCUGCUCAACAUUGAAAUUCCCGACAGAGCCAAGUUCAUCCGUACACUGUUCGGCGAGAUCACUCGUAUCCUCAACCAUCUCAUGUCUAUUCUGUCGCACGCUAUGGACGUUGGUGCUUUGACUCCUUUCCUGUGGGGUUUCGAGGAGCGUGAGAAGCUCAUGGAAUUCUAUGAGCGCGUUUCCGGUGCCCGUCUUCACGCCGCCUAUGUUCGUCCUGGCGGUGUGUCCCAGGAUAUUCCUCUCGGUCUUCUCGAUGAUAUCUACCAAUGGGCCACCCAGUUCGGCGACCGUAUCGACGAGACCGAGGAGUUGUUGACGGACAACCGGAUCUGGAAGGCCAGAACCCAGGGUGUGGGUGUCGUCAGCGCCGCGGAGGCCCUGAACAUGAGUUUCAGCGGUGUGAUGCUGCGUGGAUCCGGUGUGCCUUGGGAUAUCCGCAAGUCCCAGCCGUACGACGCGUAUGACCAGGUCGAGUUUGACGUCCCCGUCGGUGUCAACGGCGACUGCUACGACCGCUACCUCUGCCGGAUGGAGGAGUUCCGCCAGUCUCUCCGUAUCAUCCACCAGUGCUUGAACAAGAUGCCCGCCGGCCCCGUCCGCGUGGAGGACUACAAGAUCAUGCCCCCGCCCCGUGCGGCGAUGAAGGAGAACAUGGAGGCGCUGAUCCACCAUUUCCUGCUCUUCACCAAGGGCUACACCGUGCCUCCUGGUGAGACCUACUCCGCCAUCGAGGCGCCCAAGGGCGAGAUGGCUGUGUUCCUUGUCAGCGAUGGCAGCGAGCGGCCGUAUCGUUGCAAGAUCCGUGCUCCUGGGUUUGCCCACCUUGGCGGCUUUGACCAAAUUGCUCGCGGCCACUUGCUGGCUGAUGCCGUCGCCAUCAUUGGUACCAUGGAUCUCGUGUUCGGUGAAGUCGACCGGUAAAACACUGUACAGAUGGACGGCUCGGCUGCUGAACCCAAACUUGUUUCACUUAGAUCAGUCAAAACGCAGAGACGGAGGGGGAAGAAAAUAGAGAGCUUCCGUGUGUGUACUAUGAGCAGCGCAGCGGCUGGCUGUAACAUUUUACCCUGAUAAUGGCGUUUUCUUAUGUUUUUCAUUCGUUCGAGCUUUUUUUUUUUCUUCUU